UGGUACGCCAAAUCAGAGGAACAAUGACAAGUCUUCAGUGUUGACGCGUGCACCAAACACACCCUCCCAAAGAAGUAAAAUUUAUUCAACAACUGCUCUUUCAUCAGCUCACCAAACCAGAAAAAUCCACUCUUUCAAUCUCAGUUCCAUGUUUCUCCAUUCAUAGCAACAAACCAAGCACCACUUCACUGCAAUUCUGAUUCUGGAUUUGGUGAGGGAAAGGAAGUGAAUUUGGAUGGUAUUGAUGAUAGAGGCAUGAUUAUGAAUUGAAGUGUGUUGUGGAGAAGAAAUGAGUGUGAGCCAUGCUUCGGUUCACCCAAUUGAUGAAGUUCCAACUACUGAAGGAGGUGGAGGCGGUGAUCAAAACAACAACAACAACAACAACAACAACAAUAACAACAUUAACCCUCCUCCAAGGGUGAGGAUGAAGGAUAUUCAAGGCAUGCCAGGCACAUCCGGUGGCCUGUGUCUGCGUGUCUCUCAGUUUAUUUUCGCUGCGGCUGCGCUUGCCAUCAUGGCGUCUACUAGUGAUUUCCCUUCUGUAACUGCCUUCUGUUACCUUGUUGCGGCUGCGGGCUUGCAGUGCUUGUGGAGCCUUUCAUUGGCUAUUAUCGACCUAUACGCCCUUUUAGUAAGGAGGUCUUUGCAGAACAACCGAGUUGUCAGUUUAUUUACCAUUGGUGAUGGGGUCACAUCAACACUUACAUUUGCUGCGGCUUGCGCAUCAGCGGGAAUAACCGUGCUCAUAGAUAAUGACCUUGGAAGCUGUGGACAAAACCACUGUGUUCAGUUCGAAACUGCUACCGGCAUGGCCUUCAUUUCUUGGUUCACAACAGUUCCUUCUUUCCUGCUCAACUUCUGGUCCUUGGCAUCCCGGUAAAAUUACAUAAGGCCGCGUUUGGUAACUGAGUAAGAAAUAAAUACAGCGAUAGAGAGAUGCACGAUAUUGUUUCGAGUUAGAGACAGAUAUUCAAAGCUGUGUCUCUGUAUCUGUAUUUCGUAUUCUCCGAGCUACCAAACACGGUCUUAACAAUGAUACAUACAGAAAAAUACAGAAACUUUUGCAACUCGUAAAGAUGAGUGUUGCCAUCAUGUGUUACCUUACCCCAAAUGUUUUUAUGAUUGGUAUUUUGUUAGUAUGCAAUGGUUGCAUGUAAAUCUCAUUGACCAAACCAGAGGUUCAAUGUUAACUUGUUCAUAGGGUGGUUUCUUUUGUAUUGAAAUUUGUAUCAAUGCUUGGUUGGUUGGUUUAAAUGAUUAAAAAUUUAUCCUCUAAA